AUGGCCGCCGACCCUCUCACUUCCGCGACGGUCGAUGACCUCCUCAACUUCGACAGCACCGACGAUGAAGACCCGUUCAACGACAAACCCUCGCGCCAGACCAAGCGCGGCGACGAGACCGCCCUAUCUCCCCGUGGACCCGGCAAGAGAAAAGCAUCCGAUCUUGAAGACACCCUAGGCCUGGACUCUGAGAUUAAGAUCAAGAAACAGCGCAAGCCCGUUGCCAAACUCGACGAAGCCCGUCUUCUCUCCGCGCCCGGCAUUCCCAAGCUGCGCGCCGAUGCCCGCAUGCCGAACUUCCUCACCAAGAAAUUGAGAAUUAAAGGCAAAGGCCACGAGUUUUCGGACGUGGCGAAACUCCUGAACUACUACCAAUUGUGGCUGGACGAUUUAUAUCCGCGGGCUAAGUUUGCGGAUGCGUUGCAGCUAGUGGAGAAGGCGGGCCACUCGAGACGCAUGCAGGUGAUGAGGAGAGAGUGGAUCGACGAGGGCAAACCCUGGUAUCUUAGAGAGAAGGAGGCGAAAAAGAAAGCCGAGAAAGAGGAGAGAGACAGAGAAAAGGAGACGGAGGAGAAGUACGUAGGCGAGGAAGCGCUCAUGAGCGGAGCUAACAACGAGCCUCGAACCGCCGGGACGGUCGAAGAGGACGAUUCUCUGUUUGUUCCAGAGUCCGGGGCGAACGGGGCCGCAGAGAAUGGAGACGUCGGUCUCCCAGAAGAAGAUGAGCUCGACGCUCUACUCGCUCAACAAGAGAGCCGUCCAACUCCACGGCGGUUGACAGCACCGAAGAGGAUCGUGGAGGACGAUUCUGAGGGCGAAGACGAUCUCGAUGCACUGCUUGCCGAGCAGGAGAGACGCCAGAAUGCUCCAGCUGCCGUUGCACCACUCCCCAAACCCCAGAGCUUGCCAUUUGGCGAAGAUGAUCACGGAGAGAUGGACGAUCUCGACGCCGUGCUUGCCGAACAAGAAUCACGCUCGAAAUCCACUGCCUUGCAAAAAGAGCCUGACAAUAUGCCGUCCACAACGCAGCGCAAAGUUUCACCAACUCCUGACGAAAACGAGUUUCCAAUCGGCGAAGAUGACGACCUAGCCGCUUUUCUCGCCGACCCAGAUACAGAUACAGGGGCAGUCCGGUCUGAGCAAACCCCAAUACUUUCCUCUGCCGCAGCAGAGCUCCCGGCUCCUGAUCUCAAUGCCAUGAACGAGGAAGUAGCAGAGGCGCAAGCAGAAACAGAAGCAGACGGAGCAGACAUGUUCUCGUCUUCACCCGUGCGAGGCACCGCGUCAUCGCACAUGUUACCCAGCGCAGGACUUGAACUUGAUGGCUCCGAGGAAGAGGCCUUGAACUCCCAAGACAUAGAUGAGGAGGAUAUCCAGGCUGACAAGGCUGAUCAGGAGGAAGAGUCCCAGGGCUUGAACGCCGAUGACAUGUUUCCAUCAUCGCCGGUACAGAACGAGUGA